AAAGACCAUACAUUCAUUCUCCAACAAAAUCUUCUUCCAUUUCCCCCUUAUCCUUUAUUAUCUGACUCCUUCCCUUCUUUCUUCAUUUCUUCAUUCUUCUUCUUCUUUCUCUCAGAAGAAGAACGAAGAACCAUAAAAAUGGCUUCCAUAACCUCAAUCGGUGCUUCCACCGCAUGCAAACUUCCCUCUCUCGAACUCUACAAAAAACACAAACUCACUUCCAUUCCCACUUCCUCCGUUAAAUUCCACUUUUCCGACGGCAACAAAUCCCGCCACAUCAACCGUCUCGCCAAUUUCAACUCCUCUGAUAGGUUUCUUCCUUCCGCCGUUGCUACUCCCAAUUCUUCAUCUUCUUCACUUCUCAGUGACGAAGCAUUUAAAGGAUUAGGCUCUAGUUUCGACGGAGAAUCUGAAGAUGAAGAUUUUCCGUCACGAACUACUUCUAUUAACGCUGAUGAACUUGACAUUUCUAAACUCGAUUUGCCUUCGCAGCUUGUUGAUUCGCUACGUGACCGUGGGAUUACUCAACUUUUUCCUAUUCAGAGAGCGGUGUUAGUACCUGCACUAGAAGGCAGAGAUAUUAUUGCUCGUGCGAAGACUGGAACAGGGAAAACAUUGGCUUUUGGAAUUCCUAUUAUCAAUGGUUUAGAUGAUGGUCAAGAUUCCGGUCCUUACAGUCGCAGGCGUCUUCCUAGAGCUUUGGUACUUGCACCUACCAGGGAGUUAGCAAAGCAAGUGGAGAAGGAGAUAAAAGAAUCUGCACCUUAUCUCAAAACUGUUUGUAUAUAUGGAGGUGUUUCUUAUGUUACUCAACAGAGUGCACUUUCGCGUGGUGUUGAUGUGGUUGUUGGAACGCCUGGUAGGCUGAUUGACCUCAUCAAUGGGAACACACUUAAGUUGAGUGAAGUUGAGUAUUUGGUACUCGACGAAGCUGAUCAGAUGCUUGCUGUUGGGUUUGAAGAGGAUGUAGAAGUCAUUUUGGAAAAGCUUCCAGCAAAGAGGCAGAGCAUGCUUUUUUCUGCAACCAUGCCUAGUUGGGUGAAGAAAUUGGCCAGGAAAUACUUGAACAAUCCGUUGACAAUUGAUUUGGUUGGUGAUGAAGAAGAAAAGCUUGCUGAAGGGAUAAAACUAUAUGCUAUAUCGGCCACUUCCACUUCAAAGCGAACCAUUCUUUCUGAUCUUAUUACCGUUUAUGCAAAGGGUGGGAAGACUAUAGUUUUUACGCAGACAAAAAGAGAUGCUGAUGAAGUAUCAUUGGCAUUAACAAAUAGUAUCACUUCUGAAGCACUGCAUGGUGAUAUAUCUCAGCACCAGAGAGAAAGAACAUUGAAUGGUUUCAGACAAGGAAAAUUUACAGUGCUUGUUGCAACUGAUGUUGCAUCUCGUGGACUUGAUAUUCCCAAUGUUGAUUUGAUUAUCCAUUAUGAGCUUCCCAAUGAUCCCGAGACUUUUGUACAUCGCUCUGGCCGUACUGGCCGUGCAGGAAAGCUAGGUACUGCCAUUCUGAUGUUCACAGGUAGCCAGAGGAGAACAGUUAGAUCCCUUGAGCGUGAUGUAGGUUGUAAAUUUGAAUUUGUUAACGCGCCGUCUGUGGAAGAUGUUCUGGAGUCAUCUGCUGAGCAAGUUGUUGUCACACUUAAUGGAGUUCAUCCAGAGUCUAUUGCAUUUUUCACCCCAACUGCACAGAAACUGAUUGAAGAAAAAGGAACAACUGCCCUUGCAGCUGCACUGGCACAGAUGAGUGGAUUCUCCCAACCUCCGUCUUCCCGGUCUCUUAUCACCCACGAACAGGGAUGGGUUACAUUGCAAUUAACUCGAGAUUCAGAAAAUUCUCAAAGAUAUUUUUCAGCAAGAUCAGUCACUGGGUUUCUUUCUGAUGUAUAUUCCAAAGCUGCUGAUGAAGUUGGAAAAGUCCAUUUAAUUGCGGAUGAAAGGGUUCAAGGAGCCGUUUUUGAUCUUCCAGAGGACAUUGCUAAAGAGUUACUUGACAAGGACAUACCAGCUGGAAACACUAUUUCUAAAGUCACCAAGUUACCUCCUUUGCAAGAUGAUGGGCCUCCAAGUGAUUUCUAUGGGAAGUUUUCCGAUAGAGAACGAAAUAACCGAAGAGGAGGUUCUAGGGAUGGGAGAGGUUUUAGAUCCUCACGGGGAUGGGAUGGAGGCCGAGGCUCUGAUGAUGAUUUUGGUGACUCGUCUAGGAGGGGUGGCAGAAGUUAUAAAUCUGGCAACAGCUGGUCCAAACCAGAAAGAAGCAGUAGGGAUGAUUGGCUAAUUGGAGGCAGACAAUCGAGCAGAUCUUCUUCAUCACCGAACAGAAGCUUUGCAGGGACCUGUUUUACUUGUGGGGAAUCUGGGCAUCGAGCGUCGGACUGUCCAAACAAGCGAGGCGACUUUUUUUAAACCCUCCCAUCAAUUUACUUUUGGGCAUUGCUUUGUCCAAUGAAGUGAGCUGAGGUCACUGCUGUUGGCCUAUUGAGGUCAGGAAAGUUCAAAGAUGCAUCCCAAAAUAAUUACAGAACUGAUAUUUAUUUGCAUCUCACAUGUUGGCGGAAUCUCCUUAGGCAUCUCCUUUCCCGAUCCUCGUGUUUUUAAGUCUUGAUAUAGAAUUUAGUAGUAUUCAAUAAGAACAAUUAAAAGCAUGGUUUUGCAUUCUUAUUUUUGGGGAAGGAAGAAGGGGAGGGAGCAGGGGUAGUUGUAUACUAGUAUGGUCCUGUAUUCUCUACUAAUGUUAUGUAAUUUAUUUUCAAUCUUAGCAGUUUAGAAGCAUAUAUAGACAGGGAUACUUUUAAAUUAAUGCAGAAUUGAAUUUUUUAUUAGUUUACCAUA